UAUCAAGGACUUUUAGAUGAUGAAACUGAUGAUGAAAAGGAAUGACUUGUAUUAAAAGUGGAUGAUACUAUGUAAAAUGGGUGUGUGCGACCAUAAAUGGUACUUAUACUAAAAAUAUGAUCACAUGAUCAGGAUCAAGGUCACCUGAUACACCAGCACCAGUUCACUAUUCGUUUCUCUCCGUUUCAACUUCAAUAGUCAUAUAUACUAAGAAUACACAUUUCAUCAAAUCGCAUUCGCUCUAAUCAAUUCCUAACAAAUGGCGCACAUUCUAUCUAGGUCACGUGCUUUACUACCAUGUCGAGCGAUAUCAUCACCAAACACUGCCGUCGCUAGUGCUAGACAAUCACCCUCAUUAUGGCAACAACAAAUAUUUCACCAACAAAGAUGGAGCUCCCACUCUCCUCUAGGCAUAGGGUUAGAUCCUUCAAGAAAAAAGGUAACCAUAGGAACUCUUCAAUCCAUGUAUAAAAAGGGGGAACCUAUCACGGUCAUGACUGCCCAUGAUUUUCCAAGUGCACAUGUCGCAGAUGCUGCUGGAAUGGACGUAGUGCUUGUCGGAGAUAGCCUAGCGAUGGUCGCUUUAGGGAUGGAAGAUACUAGUGAAGUAACAGUUGAAGAUAUGUUGCUACACUGUCGAUCUGUCGCACGUGCCACCAAAGCAGCUUUCACAGUCGGGGAUCUUCCCAUGGGGUCGUAUGAAAUCUCGCCGGAGCAAGCACUAGAAACAGCCAUACGAUUCAUCAAACAGGGCCGUGUCCAAGGUAUCAAGUUGGAAGGAGGAAUAGAGAUGGCACCAACCAUUGCGAAGAUAACCAAAGCCGGUAUACCUGUCUUAGGCCAUAUCGGGCUUACGCCCCAGCGCCAAGGAGCCCUUGGUGGAUUUAGAGUCCAGGGGAAAACGUCAAAAGGUGCAAUGAAAGUCCUCGAGGACGCGUUGGCUGUCCAAGAAGCUGGAUGCUUCGGUAUGGUAGUGGAAGCUGUUCCAGCCGAAGUCGCAAGUAUCAUCACACAGAAGCUACGCAUCCCGACAAUCGGAAUCGGUGCAGGAAAUGGUUGUUCUGGCCAGGUGCUCGUCCAGGUCGACAUGAUCGGUAAUUUCCCGCCGGGUCGUUUCAUUCCUAGGUUCGUAAAACAGUAUGGUAAUGUGUGGGCUGAAAGCCUUAGAGCGAUCGAGUCUUAUCGGGAGGAGGUGAAAACCCGCCAAUACCCAGCUCCAGAACAUACAUAUCCUAUUUCUCCCGGUGAGCUCGAGGCGUUCAUGAGAGAUAUUGAGAAGCUAUGACGCGAUAUCAAUCGCUUAGUUGGAUUCUGCAUUAUACCAUAGACUGAUAGAGGGUCAAAGGCGCGACCAUCCAGUUUGGUUUAACAGUGUCAGCAUAGAUGGGCGUUUAAGGA